CUGACCAAGAGGAUGCAGACACCCGGAGGGGAAGAGGAGUGCCAGCGCCGCGCGAGCAUCCCACCCGGCCGGCUGCAGGGAUGUGGGGCGAAGGUGGCCAUAGCAAAAGAGCGGGCACCAGGUCCUAAGGCGGCCAUCCCAGAUACGGGCUAGAAGAUUUGAGGCAGAGCCAGAAGCCCAGGACGCAGAGGUCCCAAUCAGGGAAGGUGCGGGGUAAGACGGAGCUAGAGAACGGUCUCCAGGGAAAGCCGCAGGAGGCGAAAGAGUGGACUCGAAAGACUCGCCGGAAAGAGAAACCGAAAGCGGCGGUGGGUGGGACUGGUAGGCGGGGCUUCUCUGGCAGGUUUAAGAGCCUGAUGCAGGGGCAGGCAGCCCCAGAGCGAGCUGCGGCCGUGGCAGCUGCACGGCUCCCGGCCCCGGAGCAUGCGCGACAGCCGCCCCGGAGCCCCCAGCCGCGGCGCCCCGCGUCCCGCCGCCAGCGCAGCCCCGGACGCUAUGGCCCACCUCUCCGGCUGGCCCCUCGUGUAGGAUGGUAGCACGUAACCAGGUGGCAGCCGACAAUGCGAUCUCCCCGGCAGCAGAGCCCCGACGGCGGCCAGAGUCCUCCUCAUCCUCGUCUUCGUCCUCUCCGGCCGCCCCCUCGCGUACGCGGCCCUGCCCUGCGGUCCCGGCCCCGGCCCCUGGAGACACUCACUUCCGCACGUUUCGCUCCCACUCCGAUUACCGUCGGAUCACGCGGACCAGCGCUCUCUUGGACGCCUGCGGCUUCUACUGGGGACCCCUGAGCGUGCACGGGGCGCACGAGCGGCUGCGUGCUGAGCCCGUGGGCACCUUCCUGGUGCGCGAUAGUCGCCAACGAAACUGCUUCUUUGCUCUCAGCGUGAAGAUGGCUUCGGGCCCCACGAGCAUCCGCGUGCACUUCCAGGCCGGCCGCUUUCACCUGGACGGCAGCCGCGAGACCUUCGACUGCCUCUUCGAGCUGCUGGAGCACUACGUGGCGGCGCCACGCCGCAUGUUGGGGGCCCCGCUGCGCCAGCGCCGCGUGCGGCCGCUGCAGGAGCUGUGUCGCCAGCGCAUCGUGGCCGCUGUGGGUCGCGAGAACCUGGCGCGCAUCCCUCUUAAUCCCGUACUCCGUGACUACCUGAGUUCCUUCCCCUUCCAGAUCUGACCGGCCCAUUGCCGUGCCCGCAGCAUUAAGUGGGGGCACCUUAUUAUUUCUUAUUAUUAAUUAUUAUUAUUUCCCUGGAACCACGUGGGAGCCCUCCCCGCCUGGGUCGGAGGGAGUGGGUGUGGAGGGUGAGGUGCCUCUGGCUUCUGGCUGGAGACCCCAUCCUGCCUCUCAGGGGGCCUCCCCUCCAGGUGCUCCCUCCAGGUCCCCUGGUUGUAGCAGCUUGUAUCUGGGGCCAGAAAGAACCUGAACUCCACUCCUACCUCUCCAUGUUUACAUAUUCCCAGUAUCUUUGCACAAACCAGGGGUGGGGGAGGGUCUCUGGCUUCAUUUUUCUGCUAUGCAGAAUACCCUAUUUUAUAUUUUUACAGCCAGUUUAUAUAAUAAACUUUAUUAUGAAAGUUUUUUUUUUAAAGAAAAAUAAGAUUUCUGGAG